GCAAAUAACCCAUUAUUGCCUAAGAAUAAAUAAUAUUCCAGUUAGCAGGAAGACUGGGAUAGUAAUAGUAAUAAUAAUAAUAAUAAUUAUUAUUAUUCUUAUUAUUAUUAUUGUGCGGUGUUCUGGCAUUGUAUAUUUCUGCCAUGCCAAAAGAUCUCAACUGGCAUUUGGAAACAGUAGACAUUGAGAAAAUCACGAUCUGCCAACUGCAAAAGGCCACCCGACUGGGAUCUGCGCACAUCAUCCGAAAAUACAUCACACAGUCCUAGACACUUGGGAAGUGUUCGAUUUGUGAUUUUGUAAUACGAAAUCCAGCAUAUCUAUCUUGUUUGCUGUGUCAUACAAUAAAAUAAUAAUAAUAAUAAUAAUAAUAAUAAUAAUAAUAAUAGGGACUGCUGGAUCUAAUCCUCCCAAUAUGAGGUUUAACGAGGGGACUGACUGUACAGUAUUAGUAAACUGUGACACAUGGACUUAAUAUAGAACAGCUUUCUUGUCACUGUACUAUUUAUUGUCACUAUAGGAAAAGGUAAAGUUUUCCCCUGAUGUUAAGUCCAGUCAUGUCUGACUCUGGGGGUUGGUGCUCAUCUCCAUUUUUAAGCCGAAGAGCCGGCGUUGUCCGUAGACACCUCCAAGGUCAUGUGGCCGGCAUGACGGCAUGGAGUGCCGUUACCUUCCCACUGGAGCGGUACCUAUUGAUCUACUCACAUUUGCAUGUUUUCGAACUGCUAGGUUGGCAGGAGCUGGGGCUAACAGUGGGAGCUCACCCUGGUCCCGGGAUUUGAACCUGGGACCUUUUGGUCCGCAAGUUCAGCAGCUCAGCGCUUUAACACACUGUGCCAUUCACAAUAUUGUUGUUGCACAAUAUGGCAUAAAAGGGAUGACAUUGAGGGUAUUUAUUCUUCCUGAACAGGUCUCGCGGAACCUGGUUUGGACAAAACGGCACCGACAAAGAGCCUCGAAUUGGCCAAAAUGGCUUUCAGGUGGAUUCAGACAUUUAGCCGGGCAGCCGGAGACAACAACUCCGCCUCCCUCCGUAUCGAAGCCCGAGACCCCCGUCUCGACCCCUGUUUCGACCCCGGAGGUCAGGGCGGGAUGCCGGUGCCCGGAGGAGGCAGAGGUGGCCAAAGCGCAGCAGGGGAAGGCAGAGGAGGCCCGUCGGAGGGGUGUCCGCCUCCCGACGCCUCGGACGGAGGAGGCCGCCUGGGCCGCCAGCGCCUUGACCUUCCUGCUGGUGGUGCUGACCGUGGCCAUCCUCUACACCCGGCUCCACCGCAAAUGUCGCCGCGGGCGUAGUCUCUACUGGAUGGUCAGCGGCGAGGAGGACCGUGAGACCGUGGCCGCGGUGAUCAAGCGGCGGCUCCUGUCCUCGCAGAUUCGGCGCAAGAAGCGUCCGCGGAAAAAGCAACAGGAACUUCUGGUCUCCACAUCCAGCGACAGUUCGGACUGAAAUCCGGACCCCGUUUGGGACCCUUUGCUGCAUUGGCCUACCUAUAAGGGAAACACUAUGCCUUCGGAGGAGCCGGCUCCUCCGCGCCAUAAUCCACUUUUCCUACAUUUUGUCCGCGUUUUGCUACUCAAUAAAGUAUAUUUUCCUAGGUAAACAA